UCGGUGGGCGGCGCGCGGGGCAGUCGGCAGCGGGGGCGCCGCGGAGGGGACCGGCCGCCGCGAUAGGAACGUGCCAGCCCCGCCGCGAUGCCCGCGCGCCCCGGACGCCUCUUCCCCGCGCGGCCCCGGCUGCUGGCCCCGGCCGCGCUGCUGCUGCUGCUGUUCGGCCAUGGCGGCGGCGGGCGCUGGGGCGCCAGGGCCCAGGUGCCGGGCGCGGCGGCGGAUGAGCCCUCCGCGGUGUUCGGGGGGGACCCGGAGGACCCGCACACCAAGCACCUGUACUCGGCCGACAUGUUCACGCACGGGAUCCGGAGCGCCGCGCACUUCGUCAUGUUCUUCGCGCCCUGGUGUGGGCACUGCCAGCGGCUGCAGCCUACUUGGAACGAACUGGGAGACAAGUACAACAGCAUGGAAGAUGCCAAAAUCUACGUGGCUAAAGUGGACUGCACGGCCAGCUCAGAUGUGUGCUCCGAGCAGGGGGUGCGAGGAUACCCCACCUUGAAGCUGUUCAAGCCUGGCCAGGAAGCUGUGAAAUACCAAGGUCCCCGGGACUUCCAGGCGUUGGAAAACUGGAUGCUGCAGACACUGAACGAGGAGCCUGCCACACCAGAGCCAGAACCAGAACCGCCCAGGGCCCCUGAGCUCAAGCAGGGGCUGUAUGAGCUCUCAGCGAGCAACUUUGAGCUGCACGUCGCACAAGGCAACCACUUCAUCAAGUUCUUCGCUCCAUGGUGCGGUCACUGCAAAGCGCUGGCCCCGACCUGGGAGCAGCUGGCCCUGGGCCUCGAACAUUCCGAAACUGUCAAGAUUGGCAAGGUGGACUGCACGCAGCACCACGAGCUCUGCUCCGGGAACCAGGUCCGAGGCUAUCCCACGCUCCUCUGGUUCCAGGAUGGCAAAAAGGUGGACCAGUACAAGGGAAAGCGGGAUCUGGACUCGCUGAGAGAGUAUGUGGAACUGCAGCUCCAGAGUGCGGACCGCGGCACCCCAGAGGCCACCCCACCCGCGGAGGCCCCAGUGGGUGCUGCAGAGCCCGAGGCUGACAAGGGCGCUGUGUUGGCACUCACGGAAAAUAACUUUGAUGACACCAUUGCAGAAGGAAUAACCUUCAUCAAGUUUUAUGCUCCAUGGUACGAGGCUACCCCACAUUGUUGCUUUUCCGCGGAGGCAAGAGAGUCAGCGAGCACAAUGGAGGCAGGGACCUUGACUCGUUGCAAUCCUUUGUGCUGCGCCAGGCGAAAGACGAACUAUAAAAGCGCAGGUGACGCCGCCCUCCUGCGGGCUCCGGGACUGAGUGGAGGAGCACGCCAUGCGGACCUCGGGGAGUUUCAGGUGGUGGUUCCUCAGAAAGCUGGCUGUACUGAACUUGUGGUGUCUUCUGUGUGUGUGUGUUAGCCAACACACUCUACAGAAUUUUUAUUACGUUUCUCUAAGUAAAUAUGAUCCCUUUGCAAACUAAGUAUUUUCAGUGGCAAUCUAUCAUCCCCUUUAACCUUCUCUUGAGGGAAGCUAAAUGGUUUCCUUUGAGACUAAAACAGUUGAGGAAAAGCGAAUCGCUGGACUAUUUUUGGCUCCUGAGUGAUUCUGGCGAAACCAUCAUCCAAAGCACAGUUUUGAACUGCCCACGAGUCUGGAGAGGUAGUCGCAUGGCGUAUUGUCAUUCUUCUGAUCUCAAGGUCACAGCUAAUCAUGUGGUUGGUCUGUAUCUUGGAGCAGAUUUAAAAACAAACCCCUGCACCUCUGGAAGGCGCCUUACCAGCCACUCCUGGAUUUUGUUUCUGUUAGUACUUCCCUCAUCGCGAGAGGUUUGCCAUAACGAAAGCAGCGGUACUUUUGACGUGUGCCUGAGUGAGGUCACGCUGAUGCCAUAAUCUUAUGUGUGUGUCGAUAUUUGUCAGAUCAGUUAUUACUGUUCGAGGGAUACUUCUGUCUGUUUCUCCUGGGUGAAAGGUUUCAUUAGUUAUGUUAACAUUAAGUCAGGAUCCACGUGAAGAUUUUAAGUCCAUGUUUAAGAUUUGCUAUCUCCUGUGGAAAAUGUGGGCCUGGAAAGUUCCACGAGGCUUGUCCUGACUGUUCUGUUAACUCCUAGAAAGAUUUCGGUGGUAUCUGUCACCUGGGGAAAAGGACUAGAUGAGCAGGUCCGGUAUCAGGGGCCAGGGGACUUCGGCAGCCCUGCUACAGGGCCCUAACAAAGCAGUUUUAGUUCUGCUCCUCGGUAGUCCUAGGCCAGGGGUGGGGAAUGUCCGGCCCAAGGGCCGUAUAAAGGCCUGAGAAAUCAUUUGGUCUGGCCCUGCCACGGCCUUAGGGGUGAAUUAAUUUAAUGUUUGACCAGAUAUAGCAGGCUAAUUUUUAAGUUGAUAAUUUUGUAUGGCCUGUGAAUGGUGUUAUAAAUAACCAAAUGGCCCUUGGCAGAAAAAAAGGUUCCCCAUCCCCGUUAAAGGCUCUGUACAUCGUCUGCCUUCAUGGAGAUUGACCCUCUGCUGUCUGAGGAGUGGGAUUAACUUUACCUAAAGACCAAAGAAUGAAGUAGGCGGGGCUGAGUCAGAGCUGAAGUAGGCUGUGUUACCAUCAAUGCUAAUGCUCUUAUAAUUCAUGCCUCUCUAGUUAUUAAACAUUUUUACCAUCACCCUUGGAAAUAACCAUA